AUGAGUGACCGCGAAGGACCGAGUGGCUCAGGCCAAAAGGGAGACAAAGAAGAAAAGUUUAGCAGGACCCCAUCCCAACCAAUGCCUACAGGAUCAAGAACAAGUAACAACAGUUACUAUGCAAAUGAGCCUAUUCAGUUCCGAGUGAGAGGAUCUACAAUAACCGGUGCAUCUCCCCCAAAGUUUGUGACCCUCGAGGAUAUAAUGAAAGCAGCACAUGGCAUGCAGAACAUGGCCCUGGCUCAUGAGAUUGCUGUAGAUCAGGACUUCAAGCUGGAACCAUUUGAACCACCAGACAACAGUUAUCAAAAGCUUGUUAAAGAAACAAUGCACAAAGCAUACUUUGAUAUACUGAGGGAGCAAUUGAACUCAGAUCCACCUGAAUACAAACAAGCACUUAUCUUACUUCAAGAUGUGAAGCAGGGAUUAUUUUCAAUACUUCUUCCUCGUCACAAGAGAAUACGCGAAAUGAUUGAGGAAGUAUUGGACCACGAUUUUAUCAAACAGCAAGCGGAGAACAACAGCCUUGACUUCAACAAGUAUGCUACAUUUGUUGUGGAUCUGAUGGCGAAACUGGCUGCACCGGCGCGAGAUGAUAUGAUACAGAAUAUAUCAAAACUGACAGACACUGUGGAUAUAUUCCGAUCUAUUCUCGAAACAUUGGAAAUAUUAAAGCUGGACUUGGCUAAUACAUUGAUUGCGAUGAUCAGACCUCACGUGCAACAGGAGAGUGUACAAUACGAGCGAAAUAAGUUUGACGAACUGCUUAAAGUCUCUGAAGAUGGUCUACAAUACACAAGAGAGUGGUUACAAAGACACAUAGAUAAGACGGGUCUGACUAUACCGGUGACUGAUGCUAUUGUCAUAAGAAAUGUUACCGCACAGACAUUGGCUAAAGCUUAUUUAGAACUUUUAGAGUGGGACAGCUCUAAAAAUUAUCCAGAGACGGUGUCACUAGAUGCUUCCCGUUUCUCUGAGCUAGGUACACAAGUGUACCGACUGAUCUGCACAGCAUCCAUACUGUUAGUGAGCCCUUCAUGUGGCAAUGAUCCCUCUAUAGCCACACAGAAGCAACAGUUGAAAGAGAAAAUCAUUAUUAUAUUGGACAACACGUCAAAUGAUACUGAACUAAAAUCUAUAUUGCCGUCUGUGGCGGAAGAAAUUGUAGUCUUUACGGAGAAUCUUCUAGAAGGACUGAACCAGGUCGCCCUCAGCACUGACACUAGAGAACUGAUACAGUCACAGAUCCUAUCACUUUCUGAUCCCGAGCAUAGAGUCAGACAGAUUGUCCGUCAAAGAAUAUUCGAGUUUCUCAAAGAGAUACUGGUGUGCGGCGGUGGGUCUCGUCAGAUACCUGUAGGCUUGUCUGCCUUCACACAGGAACUGACAUCAGUAUCUGGUACACUCCUGCGCUAUGUCAUGCACAAUAAAGCUGUAUUCACGAAAUACUACCUCGAUAUAGUCGCUGAGGAAUUAAGUAAGAAUUAAGUUUUUUUAUUUAUUAAUUUUAACAAUUAUAUUUAAGUUGUACUCGCAUUUAUAUAUUAGCUGUUG